AUGUGCAAGGUAUUCCCUACGACGCUCACGGGGCCAGCACAGGCGUUGUUCAACAGCCUAGAAGCAGGAAGUAUCCGAAGCUUUGGAGAUUUAGCCAACGUCUUCAUCAGCCAAUUCAUAGCCGGAGUGCCAACUGACAGGAAAACCAGCUAUUUGGAGACAGUCAGGCAGAGAAGAAAUGAAUCGUUAAGAGAGUAUAUAGCCCGUUUCAAUACGGAGGCCCUGCAGAUUACCGAGCUGGACAAAAGCAGAGCAGUAGAAGCCAUGCAGAAAGGGAUGACCUCCCCAGAGUUUUUUGGCUCGUUAAGUAGAAAGCCCCCCACCUCGCUGGCGGAACUGAUGAAAAGGGCGGAAAAGUACAUAAGGCAGGAUGAUGCCUUAAUGACGAGCAGAUUCGCCAAGGAAGAGGCAGACAGGGGGAAAGCCCCAGAGGAAAGGAGGCCGGAAAGGCACGAAAAAAGGCAAAACAAAAGGCCUGAAGCAUAUAGACAACCUUGGGACCGAAGGGACCAAACACCGCUUCCCCCUCGAGUUCCAGACCAAAGACCAUUUCCCCUGCGAGUUCCAGAGACCCUGACCCCUCUCAACACCUCCCGAGCCGAAGUGCUCAUGGUGGUACAAAACAAAGAAUUCCUCCAAUGGCCGAAACCAAUGAAGGCUGAAGCAAGCCAGCGAGAUACUGACAAAUACUGCCAGUACCAUCGUACACACGACCAUAACACUAAUAACUGCUACCAGCUGAUCAGUGAGAUCGAAAGGCUGAUUAAAAGGGGGCACUUGCGAAACUUUGUGAAGAAACCAGAAGGAAAAAGAUCUCAAUAG